AUGGAGACGGAGCUGACAGCUUCUCCCUCGGUGGGACGCUCCUGUCUCACAAACGGACAUGAGGCGUGGACGGCCAGAAAACGUGUUGAUGAAGACGUGUUGGAGUGGACAGGGUUUGACAGCCGGGAGGGAGGGAACACUGUUGUGUCCUUCCAUCAGCUGUUGUCCUUAACCUGUGCCUCCACAUGGUUCGAGCGCGUCAGUAUGAUGGUGAUCCUGUUGAACUGCAUGACCCUGGGAAUGUACCAGCCCUGCCAGAACAUCGACUGUUCCUCAGACCGAUGCCAGAUACUACAGGCCUUCGACGCCUUCAUCUACAUCUUCUUCGCUCUGGAGAUGGUGGUGAAGAUGGUGGCCCUGGGGAUCUUCGGCCGGCGCUGUUACCUCGGGGACACGUGGAAUCGGCUGGACUUCUUCAUCGUCAUGGCAGGGUGA